UACGUGUGAAACUGUGUGCGCCUCCAGAGCGCGUGAGUAAUCGAGGCAGUGGCAGCCCUUCCAUCCACCGUAAGAUGCCGUGGGGUUGCCUCUGUUCAAAGGAGAAAAAACGGCCCCAAAUCAGCAGUCCCAUACUGAACCCGGAAGAUAGCCAGAAACUCCAGUUGCUUCCCGCCGCUAGACGUCCGUUGCUAUCGGCCGCGGAGAAACUCGAGCAACGGUUGCUGGACCCAAACCCGAACGGUGAGUUCGACAACGAAAGCAGCGAAGAAGCCCAACCACCCAACGAUGCAGGUCGCGAUCGACUUCAGCAGCAGCUGCUUCAAAAAUCUCGGCUCAAGUCCUCUAACCUCAAGAGCACGACCUACACCCGCAACACGGAACACGACAAGCUAACACGGCACCUAAACACGGUCACGUUCAGUUUCGACGAGCCGCACCGGAAACCGGAAGGACCAGAUGGAGCGACCGGUCCCACGAAGCUUCCGGAACGUGCGGAACCACCACCAAAGCCCGAUCGCAGGACAUCAUCCUUAACGCAGCAGGCCACAGUGAAAGCACCGGAAACGACCGGCAAAACACCGGCCGGACAGCAACAAAGCAAUCUCGCGUCCAACGCUAGGGACGAGCUCGAUUGCAAUGGCAAUGGGAACUAUGACGUGUUACCGUCGAUUAAGAUCUGCGAUGACGAGACCGAGGAUGCCACCGACAAAAGAAAACCGGACCAUGAGGGACACUCGCCGGGGAGUGCUCAGGUGGACGAGAACCGAAAUGAAAUCAUCGUCCCGGCUGGUAGCGAGGGAAGCAUUCCCUUCAUCGAUGAGGACCCAUCGCAGAUACUGAGGCAGCUGAAUGCAAACCCACAGCGUGGUCAAAAUUUUCACGACGCGCGCAUCAUCACACUGACACCAAAGAACGUGGGCUCGGAGAUAACGAGGGCGGCCUCUACCAGUGAUCAAGCGCAUCGGGACGCGCACCAGCGGUUGCUAGCGGACACGAAGAAAUUCACCCGGUUCCUGAUCGAACCACCGGCAGCCGUAGAAGCGGUUAAGUUUUCACACAUCUUCCAGAUCCUGCCACCGUCGUACGACAGGCUCUGCCAACAGUGUCAUCGGGCGUUACAAUUGGACAUCGGAUUGCGGUGCGUGGUGUGCGACUUCACCUGCCACCAGCAGUGCGUGCGGCUAGAAAAGAAAAAUGGCAGAGAAGAGGAACAACAAGCAAUCAACAAAUACAACUCGCUGCCCUUGCAUGCGAUCAACGCCCAACAACCGCAGCAACAGGCUAGGCCGGCCGCAAACCUGAACCAUGUAAAUAACAACCAUUAUCAUAAUUAUUCGCUUCAACCGCACUACCGGCCCCAGCAGCAGCAACAGCAGCAUCACGGGUAUCCUGCGGCGCGGAUCACCGGCGAACCGCUGCCACCCCAGACGCUGCGGCUAAACUACGUGACGGAGCGGAUUCUCGCGUCGACAUUACCGGCCCGGCGGCUUCAGAAUGGGUCCUCGUCACCUCGCGCUACCGGCACCGUACCACCGCCGGCCGAUGAGCACGAGCGCGAACUCAUCAAUAUGCUGGAACAGAAACAUAAGCAGAACUACCGGAUAUUCGAUCUGGAAUCGCGGCUCGGCAACAUCACGCUCGAGAAUCUGUGCGAGCUGUGCAAAUACAUUGACUCCUGGCUUGGCAGUGGGAAGGAAAAAAUUGUCGUCCUCCAGGACAGGGAAGAUAAACAGCGGCUCGGUGCAGCGGUUGCAGCUUACUUGCAGUAUCAGAAAAUUUGCGGUUCCAACAUUCCGCAGGGUAGUAGCCAUGCGCACAAUUCCCUCACCCCCAACGGAGCGGAUAAUGGUUCCAAAACACCCAGCUGGUCAGAUUUGGACGUCUACUCGACACAAAAGUUUCUCGAGACCAUCGCCGGUCCGCUGCGCAUUCCUUCGCACAAAAGAUACAUUCAGUACUUCUCCGGGCUGCUGUCCGGUAUGAUCAAGGUUAAUUCGUCCUCCUUAUUCCUGAAGGCAAUACGGGUCGAAUCUCCGCCAUGCUUGCACUACCGUGCCAUAACCGUCAACAGCGAGUGGCGCAGUUUCAUCAAAGUUUUCGAAGGUGUCCAUUGUCUGUUCACAUCCGACAUCUACGUUAUUCCCAUCACCACGCGGCACUUCAUUUACGAAAUCAAGCACCCGCUACGGGUGCGCGGCGACAUGCUGGUGCGCUGCUACCAGAUCAUACCAAAUAACAACAAAGCGACCUAUGAGAAGGAACUGAUCGCAUCCGUGCAAUUUCACACAUGUGCCAUAACCGAAAAGGAAGUACAAUUCAAAAAGGGAGAUUUAGACUUGGCGUGUGACGAUGAACGUUUUUCGGUAGAGCAUAAGAUGACGUUUUGCUUCGACACCGUACCGAACGAACGGCCUAUGAUCUUGGUUUUCCAAGACCCGCUCGUACGGAUAGAACCGAUCACAGAGAACGGCGAUCACCUGGAAACGAUCAACGAAGGUUGGGCUGGGAAAGAUGAGUCCAACCACACGCAGGGUCCGCUGGAUGGGUCGCUGUACGCGACCAUAUUGAAGAGCCCAAAGUCCCCGUCGGGACCGCAUCUCAUCUCACCGCCGGCCGAAUUCAGCAACGGGCUCCGGACGCCUCUGAACGGUGGCAUUCCACCACCGGUGCCGGAACGUUCGAAAACACCCAACUCGAUCUAUCUGAGCCACAACGGUACGCCACGCGGUACACCACGUGGCACACCGGUCCCAUUCUCGUUGGCUCCACCGGCUCCGGCCAGUCCCGCCAGCAGUUUGGUGGGUGUCCUGGCAAACGGAGACGGUAAGGGCGCCGGUAGUGUGAGAGUGGCCAGUGUCAGUAACGCCGCUAGUGCCAACAGCAGUUGCUACGGUGCGUCGUAUCCGAGCACGGCCGGAGUGGCCGACGGUGGAAGUCCGGGAGUGGCCACCGGAAACGCGAGCGGGCGCAAACCGGCAGGGCAGGUUGAUGGCCGGGAAUCCGUGCGCAGCCCGCUGACCGUUUCCAUGGACUCGGGCAUUUCAAGCAGUGGUCCAAUCACUCGCCGCAUACAGGGAUCGAGCGUUUCACCGUCGAGUUUUCCGAGCCAAGCUAGUCCGCAAGAUGAUCGCCAUCGCGAGCUGGACGACCUGCUGUCCGACAUGAUGCUCACCGUGCAAGGCAUCCCGGACGUCAGCCAAAAAGCAGACCAAACAAACCAUCACCAAUCGGCACAGCAGCAACAGCAGCAGCAACAGCAUCAUCAUCACCAUCAUCACCACCAUCACCAUCAUCAGAACCCGAGCGAUCAUUUCGUGAACACGAACGCGGACACGAUCAAGCGAUCGCACUCAGCGCAGCUGGGUCCGCGCGAGGACACGCGCUCACGCACGCCACUAACGGUGAGUGACUACGCGGCGAAAGAGCGCGAGCUGCUGCUGUACGAAACGUCCAGCACAACGACGACACUCACGCCACCGCCCAGCGAGAGUGGCCGCGAAACGCCGCUGCUGAGUGGUGGUUUCGCGGCGGGCGCAAUUCGCGACCGCGAGCUGCAAAAUAUAAAUAACAAUAAUCUGACGCCGGCCGAGCGCGAGCUCAUCAUGGGCGUGCAGCGGCACCAGCAGCAGUCGCUUGCGUACCCUCGGCCAGCACGGUCCACCACGGGAGCAUCGGAACGGUUCACCUCGGACGACGACGACGAUCUACUCGGUAGCGGUGCGGCCGGCAGCGGCGUUGGUGGCCACCAGAUACCGUACCACGCGCGCGAAGACUCGCGACCGUUCACGUACGGCAACAUCCCGGCCAGUGGGACGCCUCAGCAUCCGCCGGCUGCGACCAUGAUCAAGAUGCAGUCGGGCCUGUCGAGUCCUUCCAUGGUGCGGAAAGCGCUUGGGACACCGACGACGGGCCGCAAGGUGGCGUCGAUGGCGCGCAACGAUUUCGAGGAGAUGUUGCGCGAACGCCGCGAAAAGGUGCUCAGUGAGAAGUACACGAUCGGUGAUGGGCAGUCGCCCGCGGGCGGUGCUUUAAUGGCCAGUGACUCCAUCAACAACAAUGGUGAUCGCGAUCGGUGGACGUACCAGCACACGGUGAAAACGGUGACGACGGGCCAGACGGCUCCGAACGGUGGUUAUCCGGCGCAUGAGCCGCUCAAACGCUCCAACACCAUGGAUGGGAGCUUCGGGCGGCAGUUCUCCAGCGAAAGCAUGUCCGGUCAGUCAUGGCUUCAGUUGCAGCAGCAAAAACUACGCGCCCGACGGGAGCAACAGCGACGGGAACAUUCGAGUAGUUUGAGCUACAACUAUGGCAGCCCGGCAUUCCCAACCGGCGAGAACAACGUCUACAGCACAACGCAUCGUCGCAGCCAAACGCUGUCCCCGGUACGGAAUGAACGCAACUAUCACACCCUAACCACAACCAGGACACACUCGACCGAGCGGCCAUUUGUGGCCGUCCAACGGGCGCACGAAAACGCCAAGCUUCAGACGAUCGGGAAUGCACCGCUCACCAUUUUGAAUGCCUCACCGCACGGUCACAUUGCACAAGCCCAAGCACCUUCACCAUCGUCCUCGUCGACCCGUACGGCGGUGUCAUCUCCAUCGCCGGCUCCACCGGUCUCAAGCUCCCAGCAGCAGGUAACGAACGGUAGCUCCAGUGCCACCAGCAGUCCAGUCAACGGUCAUCAACACUCGACGCUACAGCAUCGGCACAUGAACGGUCACUUCCAGCAGCAGCAGCAACAGCAGCAGCAGCAUAAUAGCAGCCUGAACGGCAGCAGUGGACUGUUGUCCCUUGCCGACCAGGACCAUUCGACUCCGAAGCACGGACAGGUCCGAUUGGAGUCCGAACAGAUAAUAUUCAGUAACAUAAACAGUCUGAAUAAUCUCGAUAACUGCGAAAAGCUCAAUAACCUGCUAAACGAAAUAACCACCAGCGUGGCGCCCGUUGCGUCACCAGAACAGGCCACCGGCCACCAGACGCCUGUCCCCACGGUGGGGCACGCAUGCAUUAGCCAUAACACUACUACUGCCAGUGUAACUACCAGCUCGUCUUCUUCCUCCAUGUGUACUAGCAAUAAUAGCGCAAGCCUCAUUAAUCACACGCCUCAUCUAAUCGAUACGUACCAUGAUCAUCAUCAUCAUCAUCACCAACACCAUCCUUCCCAUCAUCACCAACAUCAUCACGAUCAUCACGCUGCCAACGGUCAGCGGUUGGAUCAGCGUGCAAAGAACGGGCACGUGCGAACGGCCGAGGAACAGGAUCCAAUGGAGCUGUCGUCAUCGUCUUCGUCGUCGUCGUCGGAUGCAAGCGUUGAUGGAAAACCGGUCACGCAAGAAGCCAACGCGCAGGGUGUGCUGUCUGGCGAUCGGAGAAAUGGACACGCGCACGUAAACGCUGCCAACGACAACGCCGCCUCGGUGAACUGCUCGGUCGGCAAUGGGCAGCUCGCCCUCGAUAAGCUGCUGGCCUCGUUGGCCCUCGAAAGCGACGUUACGGAGGAGCAUCUGGCCAAGAUCGAGGGCCGUACCAAUGGGUGGCCACCCACGGUCGAGUACAAACCGUCCCGGGAGCUUUCGGACGUGUUGGCCAACCUGGCGGAGUACGAUCUGAGCGAAAGUCAGCAGCGUGCGAACCACAGCAAUGGACAUCUGUACCAUUACCAGCAGCAGCACCAGAUCGCGUCGGUUGAAACGAACGGAAAUUAUCGCGUGUACGCAUCCCACGGUUCGGACACGGCGAAUGGCUAUACACCGAGCAAUGGCCAUCACCAUCAACAGCUGCAGCAACAGCAGCAGCAGCAACAGCACCACCUACUAGCACAACGCAGUACCAGCAGAAGUAGUAACGACGCUAGCCAGCAGCAGUCGCAAAACGUAUCCCAACUGCAGCAGCAGCAGCAGCAGCAGCAACAGUCACAGCAUCCACAUCAUCACCAUCACCAUCAUUAUCCGUUACUAAUGAACAAUCAUGUGCGCCGAAUUGCAUCUGAAACCGACAGUACCAUCUCAUCCAUUUCGCCUAGCUUGUCCGAACGCAGCAAUGCGAUCUCUUGGUGCGAUCAGGCUCGAGAAGAGUCCUUCUCGUCGUACCGCUCGGAAACGGAACCGGACAACUCACCGAUGGGGGGUUCACCGCGUCCCGAAACGCCGGCAUUCCCGGUUACGCCACGCACACCGUACGGACUGAGCAAUGGAACCUCCAGUCCAGCUCUGCCACCCAAGAGUCCGACAUCACAACGCAGGAAAAACGUGCUACUCCAGCAGCUUGAAAAGCUAGCGCAUGCUAAGGCUGCCCUGUUUCAGUGCGUUGCACCGGUCCUUGAGAAACGGACGCAAGGAUGCACCUUUUACUACCACAAGGACCCGUUCAGUGGCAACCAGCGGACGCACGAGAUCGUCAACCAAAACGAGACGCUGUCCUGCUACACGUCGCGCCGCAACUCGACGACCUCGAACGCGAACAGCGAACCGCAGGAAGUGGCCCCACAGUUUGUGAAGUUUGCGCGCGAUUCGUCCAAGUACUGGUACAAACCGAACAUCAGCCGGGAGGAAGCGAUCGCGCUGCUACGGAACACCGCACCCGGGACGUUUAUCGUGCGCGAUUCGACCACGUUCCCGAACGCGUACGGGCUGGUGGUGAAGGUAACGCAUCCACCACCGGGUGUGCAGUACACGGGACCCAACAGUGAGGAGCUCGUGCGGCACUUCCUCGUCGAGCCGACCAUCCGCGGUGUCCGGUUGAAGGGAUACGCGAACGAGCCCGUUUUCACGUCACUGUCCGCGCUGGUGUACCAGCACUCGAUCACGCCGCUUGUGCUGCCGUGCCGGUUGAUCAUCCCCGAGAUGGACCUUCAACAAUUGGAGCAUCAAACACCGGCGCAGCAGCAGCUGCUUCAGCAGGGUGCAGCCUGCAAUGUGCUGUACUUGUUCACCUGUGACACUGAGUCGUUGACAGGACCACAAGCAAUAAGGAAAGCCGUCAGCUCGCUACUGGCACUACGGCCACUGCCAAAACCGACGCAAGUGCACUUUAAGGCGUCGCUGCAAGGAAUCACGCUGACCGACAACACGCGGCAGUUGUUCUUCAGACGCCAUUACCCAUCGAACAACGUGUCGUUCUGUGCGCUUGACCCAGACGAUCGCCGGUGGAGCAUUCAAUCGACGACGGGAGACAUCCCCGCGUCCAAGCGUGUGUUCGCGUUCGUCGCGAAGCGAUCACCUUCGUCGGCGGACAACCAGUGUCACGUGUUCUGCGAGCUUGAACAAACGCAACCGGCGGCGGCCAUCGUGCAGUUCGCGAACAAGGUGCUGGGUGGAACCGGACAGCAACCGGCAGUUACCAGAGCAAUCUAGGAACGUUCCAUCUGCACCCUGCGGGAAUGUGCGGAGCACGAUAGACUGCAGCAACGCGAUCGCGUGGUGAUCUGUCGAGUUUAACAUCGCCCAACGGCACGCUGCAAAACGCCCAGCUAACGCCCAGGAUGUCGGAUUCUGGGAUUUGCUUGCGUCCUGUGCGAAGAUCAUCGCCACAAGGUCGGGGAAAGCGUUGAAAGAAAGUCUGCUAGAAAACGGACGGCAAAUACAGCAAAUAUUAAACCCGAGUGGAACAAGCAACCGUUUUAACACGCACAAACGCGCACACUUGCAUAUACAUAUUAAACAAACAAAAAAAAAGGAUACUAAAAUACUUAAUCGGGUCUGAUCGACGCAGGUCGGCGACCCACGCCAACUACCAUUUACUGUGUAAUUGUGUAAUUAUUACGUUUAUUUAGAGCCAUACGUAGAAGCCCUAUCGUAACCCUUAGAUUCGUGCAUUGCAUGUGUUGCAUAUAUGUUACAAAACAAGAAAAAAAAAGUCACCCCUCGUUUUCCUUCGUGCGCCUCAGCUAUCUAUCGCAAUAGGUGCACACGGGGCUGGCAGGGAUAGGGAUUGUUGUUUUCGUUUCGUUUGCUUUAUUGCGUUGUUUUGCUGUUGAUCCGCGAAAUCAAUCCCACUAUCCGAAUCAUACGGUACGCGUGCUGCGAUCGAGUAAGAUUGUGAGAAAGAUCGACCGUUCGGUGCCACGUGAUCACAGACACGUGCUGCAACCACGUGGGUUCCCUUUGGCAACGAUCCCGAAAGCAGCAGAACAACGAUCAGUUAGGGUUUCCUUUUAGUUUUCGCUUGUUCGUAACUUCUGCCUCAAACUAACGAAAAAACAAAACACACUAAAACGCGCACGCGACUAACAACGAACGUGAUUUCGGUCCAACUUUUGCCUCCAGGCGAAUCGGUUGCGCAGCAUCAGAUCAGGCAUGCCACCGCUUCAUUAAACAGUGGUUUUAUGCUAAUUUUGCACUCGCCUUGAUGUACCUUGUGCGAUAUUCUGCGUUCACAAAAUAUUAACACCCAAUGCUUCGGGAUGGCAACCCACGCCACGAUCUUCUUCGCCACAUCUCUAACCACAAAUCUCUAACAUACACACGAGUGCCUAACGUGUGGUUCCCGAACACGCGGGAACGCACGAUCGUAUCCUUGUUUUUUUUUCUUUUCGAGCGCCUCGAACGAGCGCCUACAUACGCGGGUAAUGUAUGUAUUAUCGCAUGAUAUUAUGUUUUUUUUUCGCUUUGCGUGCCGUGGCUGGCAAAGGUAGAAAAAAGAAGGACGAUUUCACAAAACGAACGACUAAGUGCCGCCCGGAAGGCGCUUAAUGGUUAACAUGGGCAUUGAAUCGAACAGGUACCGCUCACGCACGUGACGCACGCAGCAAACGAAUCCUUGCUGCGCGUGCGAGCGUGUUGGCAGGUGCAGGAAACUUCGGGGAAAACCAUGGGGCAGUUACUACACCGGGCCGAAGGCCUCACGCAAACAAUCACCGCAAAACAGUAGCGAAACAUUAGGAGCUAACAUGAAUAGUGUGCCUCAACGAUGCUGCAUGCAAAAAGGAUACGAUAACCCAGUGAGAUUAGCAGCAGCAGCGGAGUUAUGAUACAACAAAACUAAAACCCCCAACCUAUAUCGAACGUCGAAGCAAUAACGAAAGUAAUAAUCAUACGCAGCAAAACUACAACCACAACCUCCACUCACGGUAAAUUAGAGAGAGAACACGCAGAUUAUGUGCAAAUUUUUGUAGUAGAACGAAACAGAAACAGAACACAUAAAAUGCAAAGGAUACACGAGAGGUUUCUUAGCACAAAAUAUCGGUAGUAUACUAUUACGAAUUUGAAGCAAACAAAACAUUGAGUAAAAAAUUACUAGUCGCUGAUGGAAACAGAGUGAGAUAGGUAAAAAAGGAAACAAGUAAGCAGGAAUAAAUUUACAAACAAAAAAACCCCUUGCAACCAAAAGUAGUGCAGUUGCAGCAAUGCACAAGAGCUUCUUCUGUUUUUCGUUCCAGCUAGGAGUACGGUUAUCCUUUGCAAUAUAUCUUCCCCUCAGAGGAGGAGUUUUGUUUCUCUAUUCCAUAUGGUAGCUCAGUUGCGCUAACGAUGAUUGAUGUCUUUUAAAUUAUUGCUAAUAUAAUAAUAACUUAUUCUGACUCGAAAUGGACGUUGUCGAUUUUUGAGAGCUCUUAAUUAUUGACGACGGUCUGUUCUGCAAAUCGUUUUUUUUUCACUCGGCAAGCGUUUCGGAAAACGCCCGCUGCGUUUUCCAUUCAAAUACGUCACAAUAUUAUAUUAACACGUUCAAAACAGGCAUACGAUUCGACGAAAUAAUACGAAAAUAAAAAUAAAACAACAUUGUAUAUAGUUACAACGAACUUCGUGAAAUAAUACACAACACUACAACAAAC